CUCACGUUCUCUCCUUCUCACACACACUCCAAACUCCAUCACACACACACACAUACACACACAUACACGGUGCUCGUCAUGGAGUGGAUGAGGGGCUGCUGACACCCGGAGAGCCGUGACGAAAAUCUAGCACCUGGGGGAAAGGUUGCCGUGCAUAUUAAGAGGCAGCAGCAGCGGAGAGGAGAGCAGCCGCCAGCAACAUGUCCGUCCCUAACGUGCUGGCCAAGGCGUUGUACGACAACGUGGCCGAGUCUCCGGACGAGCUGUCCUUCCGCAAGGGCGACAUCAUGACUGUGCUGGAGCGCGACACGCAGGGAUUGGAUGGCUGGUGGCUCUGCUCGCUCCACGGUCGUCAGGGCAUCGUCCCCGGCAACCGUCUCAAGAUCCUGGUCGGCAUGUACGAGAACAAGCAACAGCAGCAGCCGGCCCCGGCUUCUUCGACGCAAGACACGCCCACCUCUUGCCCUGCGAGCCUGUCGCAGCGAGCCCUCCCACCUCAGAGCGCCUACGCCAAACCCAUCCCUGCCGCCACCUCGUCCGCCAUCGCCACUCCCUCCUCCGGCUUCACCAGCAAACCUCUCCCAUCAGCCCAGUACACACAAAUGCAUCCGACGUACUCCACCCCCAGCCCUGCGCAGCCUAACCCCGACUCCGUCUACAUGAUGCCCCCCUCCCAUGGCCCCAAGCCCAGCUCGCAAAGUCUGUAUCAGGUUCCCUCUGGUCCCUGUGGACCCCUUCCACAAGCCCAGCCCGGACCCCCCAGUAAGGCCCCCCUGCUAGCCCAGAGACAGUACCAGCCGCCUGCGCAGGACAUCUACCAGGUGCCCCCCUCUGUCGGCCCCGGGCCAAGCCAGGGUCUCGCCCAAGGAGCAGGCCCGGCCGGAGGCCCCGUGGCCGGGCAGGACGUGUACCAGGUGCCCCCCUCCUUGGAGAAGAGGAACUGGGAGAGCGGCAACAAGCCACUGGGCAAGGUGGUCGUCCCCACGCGCGUCGGCCAGGUGUACGUGUACGACUCGGUGAAGCCAGACCAGGAUGAGUAUGACGUCCCGCCCAGACAUCAGCCUCCUGCACAGCAGGACAUUUACGAUGUGCCACCCACCCGCCAGCAGUACAAUGCACAAGUGUAUGACACUCCACCCAUGGUAGUAAAGGGGCCCUCUAGUGGUCAGGAUAUAUACGACACCCCAGCCAGCACAGACAAGAACACACAGCAAACGGUGUAUGACUUCCCCCCAUCCGUCAGUAAGGACGUCCCGGACGCUCAGCCAAUCAGAGAAGAGACCUACGAUGUCCCGCCCCACUUUGCCAAGCUGAAGCCCCAGACCCCAGGUCCUGUCGGCAACAGCGGUAUCCAUGGCCACUAUCAGCACGACAACCUCAACAAUGACGACGACGAGCCGCCGAUCCCUGAGGACGUGUACGACGUCCCACCCCCCAUCCUGACGGACAAGCGCUUCCAUGGAGACGGAGGAGGAGUCAGCCACCCGACCCAGGAAAUCUACGACAUCCCAGCCAGCCUGCGGACAGGAGUUCACCCAACCCAGGACGUCUACGACUUCCCCCGCGAGCGAGAGGAGAGAGGGGAGAGAGGAGGCGAUUAUGUCUACGAUGUCCCACCACAGGUUGUGCGUGACGCCCAGUCCACCAGUGAGGAGCUGACUUUGUCCUUCAAGCGGCUGUCAGCCUCGAGCACAGGAAGCACACGUAGCAACCACUCCUCUUCCUCCUUAGACAUGGUUCCUGUCCGCGAUCCCUCCUCUUCCUCCUCCCUUCCCGCCCCUGGCUCCGUUCCUGGGAAACCCCUCAUCUUGGACCUGGAACAGGCCAUGGAGCGUUUGUCUCGCCUCCAGCAGGCCGUCGAAUCGAGUGUCUCCCUUCUGAUGUCAUUUAUCACAGGCAACUGGCGAAGCCCCUCCCACAUGGAAGGGAACCUCCCCGCUAUACGCCAGGCUGCCGACCGGGUGCGAGCCGCGGUUCGGGAUUUCCUGGAAUUCGCUCGGGGCGCCGUGGCAAAUGCUUCCCAGGCGACGGACCGCUCGCUGCAGUCCAAACUGGGGCGUCAGGUGGGGAAGAUGGAAGAGGUAUUUCAGAGUCUGGUUCGGCACAGUCAGAGCUUAGAUGCCAUCUCCUGGGCGCCCACAGCGCUCGCGGCACCACCGGCCGGCGGGGACGAUUUGGACCGACUGAUCAUGACGGCACGCGGCGUUCCUGACGACGCCAAGCAGCUGGCUUCAUUUCUCCAUGGUAAUGCCUCAUUGCUCUUCAAACGGACAAAUCGGCAACAGCAGCAGCUGCCCCUCCCACCGAUCCCAGGGGAUAUGGGCGGUCACAUGACGGGAUCAGGAAGCGGGAGCUAUCAGGGAGGGGAGAAGGUGAAUAUUCAGUCGAGGCCCCUUCCCUCACCGCCAAAGUUUACAGCCACAGAAGAAGAGGAGGGUCUGGACAGGCCGUAUGAGACCACAGAGGAAGGAUGGAUGGAGGACUAUGACUAUGUACAUCUACAGGGGAAGGAAGAGUUUGAGAAGAACCAAAGACAGCUGCUGGAGAAAGGCAACAUUAUCAGACAAAACAAGACACAACUGGAACAGCAACAGAUUAAACAGUUUGAGCGGCUAGAGCAGGAAGUCAGCCAGCCAAUCAACAACGACAUGUCGGGCUGGGUCCCGUCCCCCCACCACCCUCUGGCCAACCAGCUCACCCGAAACGGCUCAGGGGGCCCCUCCUCCUCCAAGCUCUGCCACAGCGACCGCCAGCUCCUCCUCUUCUACCAGGAGCAGUGUGAGCAGAACGUUACCACGGUGACCAACGCCAUUGAUGCCUUCUUCACAGCUGUAAACUCCAACCAGCCGCCCAAAAUCUUUGUCGCACACAGCAAAUUUGUCAUCCUCAGCGCCCACAAGCUGGUGUUCAUCGGAGACACGCUGUCACGCCAGGCCAAGUUACCUGAGGUUAGGGCCCGGGUGGCCCAGAGCAGCAACGCCCUCUGCGACAAGCUGAAAGACAUUGUUAUCAGCACCAAGACGGCAGCGCUUCAGUAUCCCUCACCUGGCGCCGCCAGAGAGAUGACGGAGAGGGUGAGGGAGCUGGCCGGCUGCACGCAGCAGUUCAGGAUGGUGCUGGGACAGCUUGUCGUCAUGUAGGGACCGGUAGAGCCUGAGAGCGCUGUGCGGACAGCAAGACAACCAAAUAGUGACAGAAACUGUAGAGUUAAAGCCUCUACGCUUUUGGAACAUAGGAUCAGAGACGCUGUUCACCCAUAGAGAACGGAGAGCACCCUGGAAGACGGUGGCCAUGGCCAUGCAGCGUGGCCUGGGAGACCCCGGAGACUCCUGGAAACCCCUGGAGCACAGAGAAUUGUAGGGAACUCCCGGCAAAUGUGAGGUCAGAGACCCCAUGUGCCUGUGCAGGUUGAGGCUUUAUAUCCCAUAUACUCCUGGAGGGUAAAUGUGGGCAACCCUGUGGGGUCCCACAGCGGAGCGUGGAGGGUUUCAGGAAACAAACUGCUCUGUCUGGGACUGGGACACUGACCUCCCCUCCAUCCCUCCUUCCUCCCUUCUCCAGGCCCUACCUCUCCAUUCACUGGGACCAUUCCUCUCUUCAUCCCUCAUUCCUCAGUCUGCUUUUUAUUCUAGAAAAUCAAAAAGGAACAUUUUAUCUUCAAUGGGCUGGGCCAACGGUUGUAAAAUAAUCAUUGUAAAUAUUUAAGUUACCUAUUUACCCAGAUAAAAGAAAGAAAAAAGAAAUGACUAAAGAACUUCCAUUAUAUAUAAAUACAGUAUAUAUAUAUAUAUAUAUAUAUAUAAAAAUAUAUAUAUUUGUUUUGUUUUGUUUUGUUUUGUUUUCAGUUCUUUUUUGGAGGAAAGAAAAAUGAAAAAAUAAAUGUAGUUUUUAGACUAUCCAUUAUUAGUAAUAUUAUAUUAGUUAUUAUUGCUAUACUGAAUAAUUAUGGCUCUGAUUCUUGACCAUUGUAUCAUUAUUGUUAUGGAUGUCUAAAUUCCAGAUUAUAUGUAUGUAUGUAUGUUGUAGUACUUCUAUGCUCUUCUCCAUCCCUAAGGAAAGGCACACAUGCAAAAGAAGAUAAAAGAAAAAAGAAAGCGGAGACACUUAAAGCGAUGGUUAGAUGGACAACUUCUUGACGCAGUCAUGACAGGCAGAAAUGUUGCAGGGAUGAGAACGGGCAACCAGGACAAACACAACUUAAACAGUACUGUUGAUUUGAAUACAAAAUUCAGUUGCUCAUAAUUGCAAAACUGGCCAUCAACUUUGCCUCAUGAUGUUUAUUGCCCGUAGCCCACCAAGUUGUCCAUGCUACUUUUGUGCCGUGUUCAGUCCACUGUCACUGGUACAAGCUCAGCGUUGCCCGAUUGUAUUGCCUGGAAUUGUGUCAGUCCUCUAUCGCUGUUGCAGGCAACAUUGCUGACAAAGCAUUGCCUCAGAAAGAUGUCCAUAUAAUUACAGUUGUACAAUUCUACAAUUAAAGUUGAUUUCAUCGGAUAAUUAUGUCUAGGUUGUUUUGUAUGAGGCAUGUAUUAAGACAUUAAGGACAAGACAUGAACACUGUAGUUCUUCUUUUCUUAAGGCGGUAUUAUCUGGAUUUUUAUAAGUCGGGAUAAUGGAGCAAGAACAGGACAACAAUGUCAAAGACAGAUUUGUGAUUUUCACGUGGACAACCAUGGUUGAUCUGUAGUGCUUACCAAAAUAUCAAAAAGUGGAACAUUUUCAAUACUAUUUUCUAGGAUUCCAGUGAUUCUGGUUUUAUGUCAUGUAAUCAAAUCAGUCAAAAGAAAUGUGUCACCACCAAAUAUUAGCUUACAUAGAUAGCUGUAGUUGCUGCUUGGCAAAGGGGACUUGUUAGAACGUGCUAUCAGCAAGGAAGUGAAACUCUCACGGCAUUGCUCAUUUCACUGUCAGAAUUCUUUGUACAGUACAUGUAAAUUGCAAAAAAAUAAGGGAAACACUAAGAAAAAGUUCACAGGGUCUUGGACGUAACAACAUAAGCUACCAGAACAGCUUCAAUACGCCUUAGCUCAGAUUCUACAAGUGUCUUCUCUCUACUGAAGGGCUUUGACACCACUCCCCAACAAGAAAGUCCAUCAUUUGAUGUUGAAAUGAUGAAAACGCUGUUUUCAGGUGCUUCUCCAAAAUCUCCAACAAUUGCUCGUUUGGGUCAGUAUCUGACAACUGGGACAGUCAUGGGAUUUGAUUUACACUGGCCUCGUCCUUCUCAAACCAUUCAGUGACCUCUGACGUCCCGUGGACGGAAGCUUUGGAUGACUAAAGAUGGAACUGCUUCACCAUAGAAUGAACAUCGAUUACUGAGUGAGCGGCUUUGUAUUUGUUCAUAUUUCCCUUUCCCUUUAAUGGUGUUCAGUGAGUCUAAGUCAUGCCAGGAAAAUGCAGCGCACACCCCGAGCAGAGGCAGAACCCUUCACCAUGAGGAACCAACUCUCAGGCUUCCUCGUGAUGUGUGCCACACAUUCAUCUGCUUUCAGAACAGGGUUAAGAAUAAUGACUUUGAAUAAUGAAUAAAGAGUUUUUCUCUGCUCAGCUGAUGACUGGCCAUACCAACCACAGCAUCCCUAUGUGUCAAAGUUCUCAGCGGACUGUAUUCAGUGAAACUACCUGCUCACUUGUUGAUUAAACUUGCAGCCACCUGA